AAGGCAUUUUCAUGGUCAUCAAGUCUUAAGAGACACCAGAAAACACACACGGGUGAGAAGCCAUUCCUGUGCUCUGUGUGUGGGAAAACAUUUGCACACUCAUCACAUCUUCAGAGUCAUCAGAGAACACACACGGGCGAGAAGCCAUUCCUGUGCCCUGUGUGUGGGAAGGCAUUUGCACAGUCGUCAACUCUUCAAAACCAUCAGAGAACACACACGGGCGAUAAGCCAUUCCUGUGCCCUGCGUGUGGGAAGGCAUUUUCACAGUCGUCAACUCUUAACAGGCAUCAGAAGUUCAAUUGCUCUGUGUGUGGGAAGGCAUUUUCAUGGUCAUCAAGUCUUAAGAGACACCAGAAAACACACACGGGUGAGAAGCCAAUCCUGUGCUCUGUGUGUGGGAAAACAUUUGCACACUCAUCACAUCUUCAGAGUCAUCAGAGAACACACACGGGCGAGAAGCCAUUCCUGUGCCCUGUGUGUGGGAAGGCAUUUGCACAGUCGUCAACUCUUCAAAACCAUCAGAGAACACACACGGGCGAUAAGCCAUUCCUGUGCCCUGCGUGUGGGAAGGCAUUUUCACAGUCGUCAACUCUUAACAGGCAUCCCCACGCACACGGAGGAAAGAAGCAAUUCAAUUGCUCUGUGUGUGGGAAGUCCUUUUCACGGCCAUCAGAUCUUCAGAGACACCAGAGAACACACACGGGCGAGAAGUCGUUCCUGUGUUCUGUGUGUGGGAAGACAUUUGCACACUCAUCACAUCUUCAGAGUCACCAGAAAACACACACGGGUGAGAAGCCAUUCCUGUGCCCUGUGUGUGGGAAGACAUUUGCACAAUCGACAACUCUUCAAACUCAUCAGAGAACGCACACGGGCGAGAAGCCAUUCCAGUGCCCUGUGUGCGGGAAGACAUUUGCACAAUCGACAACUCUUCAAACUCAUCAGAGAACGCACACGGGCGAGAAGCCAUUCCUGUGCCCUGUGUGCGGGAAGACAUUUGCACAAUCGACAACUCUUCACACUCAUCAGAGAACGCACACGGGCGAGAAGCCAUUCUUGUGCCCUGUGUGUGGGAAGACAUUUGCAAAGUCAUCACAUCUUCAGCGUCACCAGAGAACGCACACAGGCGAGAAGCCAUUCUUGUGCUCUGUGUGUGGGGAGGCAUUUUCACAGUCAUCAACCAGGAACAGGCAUCAGAAGGUCCACAAUGAUAGG